AUUUCAGCGUUCCAUUCCUGGACACUGGAACCACCAUCGUGGUGGCCAAGCGAACAGGCAUCAUCUCACCGACAGCAUUCCUAGAGCCCUUCGACACAGCCUCCUGGACCCUGGUGGUGUUCGUGGCAAUACACGCUACCGCUCUCACCAUCUUCCUCUUCGAAUGGCUAAGCCCGUCUGGAUACAACAUGAAGACGGUGGCUCCGCGUGACCACAAGUUCUCACUGUUCCGCACGUACUGGCUGGUGUGGGCCAUCCUGUUCCAGGCUGCUGUGCACACCGACUGUCCUCGAGGACUGACAGCCAGAUUCAUGGCUUCCAUGUGGGCACUGUUUGCGGUCGUCUUCCUCGCCAUCUACACCGCCAACCUGGCCGCCUUCAUGAUUACGCGAGAGGAGUUCCACGAACUGAAGGGUAUUGACGACGACCGGAUGGUGUUUCCCAACUCGUUCGAGCCGCCGUUCCGGGCCGGAACCGUCCUGUACACCAACACCGAAAUGGUGCUCCGGAAGCACAAGCCACAGCAGUUCAGGCACAUCCUUCAGCACACACGUGCGGAUGUACAGGAGGGCAUCAAGCAUAUCAAGACUGGAGAGCUGGAUGCGUUCCUCUACGACGCCACGGUGCUGCAGUACAUGGUGGCGCAGGACGACGACUGCGAGAUCCUCACUGUCGGCUCGUGGUACGGCAUGACCGGCUACGGCGUCGGCUUCCGGCGCGGCUCGAAAUACGUCGACCAGUUCAACAAGAAGCUCAUGCAGUACAACGAUCACGGCGACAUCGAACGUCUGCAGAGGUUCUGGCUGACGGGUGCCUGUAAGCCCCAGAAGCAGCACAAGAGGGCAUCCGAACCACUGGCUCUGGAACAGUUUUUGUCAGCUUUCCUGCUGCUGGGCUGCGCCAUACUGCUGGCCUGCGCCAUACUGGCCUGCGAGCACUGCUACUUCAAGUACGUCCGCAACAAGCUGGCCAAAACGGACCGCGGCGGCUGCUGUGCCCUCAUCAGCCUGAACAUGGGCAAGUCGCUGUCGUUUCGAGGGGCGGUGUACGAGGCGCAGGACAUAAUCAAGUACCACCACUGCCGGGACCCCAUCUGCGACACCCACCUGCUCAAGGUAAAGCGAGAGCUGGACGUGGCGCGACUCAGGAUCCGCGAGCUCGAGGACCAGCUCCUGGAUAACGGCUUCGCUCCCAGCUCACGCUUCCUGGCCGCCAUGCGACAGACAGCGCCGCAGAAAAGCAAGAACUCGUGGUGCUGUUUACCACCAAAAGAUGGCGCAGAGCUCAGAGGGCCUAUCGUGACGCGGCCCGAGCGGGGCCUCCCCAGCGCUGUUCGCCACCACAUGUACACACAACAGUCUGCUGAGUUCAUCCGACUUAACCCGGACAGAUUCAGCGGCCACCGACAGCAGCAGAGACCCGCCUCUGUGGAGAUCGCCGAGCUGGAGACCGUGCUGUGAGGCUGAGACCGAUCUCCGAGCCCAGCAGCGGUCCAGAAUCCAGCACCGCUGUCCACCAGCCAGCACCGGGGCCCAGCAGCCACAGCAACCAUGCUCGCAGGAGACGGCCGCUGGUCGCACACGGCCCCGUGUGGCGGAUGAGAGCCUGGGUGGUGCGGGGAGGCGUCCACCGGUCUGGCCUGGCGGUCUCAUGGGGCCAGGCAUCGGUGCCAGCCACGUAUUCGGCAGCCCACUCGCGACUAGACCAGAGCGAGCCUGUUUUCGGAAUUGGGGAACAGGUCGAUGGGGACCGUAAGGAUCUCACGUCGUCGUUGUCGUCACUGGGGCUUUGCGACGCACCCAACUACUGAGGCUAUAUAGCCUCGCCUCCCUCCCACCCUGGCAGGAAGGGCAGGCACCGCGGGGAACCGAACCCAGCGCCUUUGGUUUCCCAGACGCGCAGUGGUCAACGCAGACGCGUUAACCACUACGCUGUCGGCACCCCUGGGGGCUUUACGAACCCCUGGAAUGGGAGGCUGCCAAAAACGCCAGGAGCGUGCCACCGGUGGCAGAUAUAUAAGUAGAUGCCCGACCGGGCGGAGCGCUGCCGCCAGCCUGGCGGAGCCGGCGCGUCGUCGGUGGCCAACCAGGCUGCGCUGAUCCUUGGGCCGAUCUGAUAGAGGAUAUGAUCUUCGGCGCGCCCUGCGCGCGCACAGGGCAUGCCGAAGAUCAGAUCCCGUCCUCCCGUCCGGGCACGGACCGCAGAUAAGUGUGAUAUUUAUCAAGUGUUUUCUGGGUCAGCGCUGUUCCGCGUCUGUUGACUUGUUGUUGCAAUCAGCUCAGUUCAUGCGCUUGUGCCGCUGUGAUGAUUCAGUGCUGACCAGGUUUGUAGAUUAGAGGUAUACUCUGUAGGUGAGGAACGAAAAGCUCGUUUCCAGCAUCUAGAUUUCGCGCACGGAUGGCUCUUGGGUACGGCGAGACGUGGCUAUAGACAAACGUUACAUUUUCGUGUUGAGAAA